AAGGAGGGAGGGAAAGUAACAUAAACUCUAACAAUAUAUAUAUAUAUAUAAACAGUUUAUCUCUUUGCACCGAUCGGAGAGUCUCCAGGUUGAUCCAGACACCACCUGAGCCAAUGUGAGCUGAUCCCCUUUCUGUCCCAACUAGAAAGUCCAGUUUGACCGAUCGAGGUGGGGGGAAAAGAAGAUGACACAAGAGCACGACAGUAAAAGAGCAGUGUUGGUGCUACAGAAUGAUCCACAUUACCAUCAGCGACGCUCAUACAGCAGUGAAGAUGAGGCAUGGAAGUCGUUCCUGGAAAACCCCUUGACUGCGGCCACCAAAGCCAUGAUGAGCAUCAACGGUGAUGAAGAUAGUGCCGCUGCUCUGGGGUUACUCUAUGAUUAUUAUAAGGUUCCCAGAGACAAGAGGAAUAUGCCACCUGAAAAAUAUCCCAUUGCUGACUCAGAGCACAAUAGAAGGCUGUUCACCACCAUGCACCCUUCUAGAUCAAGGAGGGCAGGACGGUCUGGUAUGCAGACGUCUUCACAAUUGCCACAAAUGUUGCAUGGCAAUCGUUCAGAGGAAGGAGCAAUUCACCCUGGGAACUGUAUACAGUCAGCAGCAGUUCCCUCAGGGAUCUCCACUGCAGACAGCCGAGUGCAACAUCUAAAGGUUUUACCUGUCAACAUAGUAAUGCCUGACAACCAGCUAGAACACGACAAAACACACCGGUUUACAGUCCCCGAUACCACUGUAACUGUCUCUCUCGCAACCAUUCCCAGCCAUUCUAUCAAAACGGAAAUGCACCCGAAUUCCUUUUCAGUCGGUCCCCCCCUAGGAAUGUACUGCACGGGGCCUUCUGAACGUGCGGUAAUCUAUGACAACUUCACCUCACCCAUGCCAUCUUCACAAAGAAGAACUCCAGACACCACCUUCACAGAGACAUACAAGGAAGGAGCACAAGAGGUGUAUGGGUUCACUAAUGAUCAAAUGCGAAUGGCCACCAUGGGUUCAGAAAACUACGGCUUUGAUCGAAUUGGAACGACAUUUGAAUAUGCUUUGGAAGCCUCCAAGUCCCUGAAACAGAAAACAGGGGAUGGGACCAUGUCCUACCUGAACAAGGGUCAGUUUUAUCCCAUCCAGCUCAAAGAAAUGGGCCCCAACAAAGAUAUCCAUCAACCAGUGAGCAAAGUUCGGAGUGUCGUUAUGAUUGUAUUUGGUGAUGAUAAAUGCCGUGAGGAGCAGCUCAGACACUGGAAAUAUUGGCAUGCCCGGCAGCACACUGCCAAGCAGCGCUGCAUUGACAUUGCUGAUUACAAAGAAAGCUUCAAUACAAUUAGUAACAUUGAGGAAAUCUCUUACAACGCCAUCUCCUUCACAUGGGACAUCAAUGAAGAAGCUAAGAUCUUCAUCUCUGUCAACUGCCUCAGCACUGACUUCUCAUCUCAGAAAGGAGUCAAAGGCUUGCCUCUGAACAUCCAGAUCGACACCUACAGCUACAAUACACGCAGCAACAAACCCAUCCACAGGGCCACAUGCCAAAUCAAGGUCUUCUGUGACAAGGGCGCAGAACGGAAGAUCCGUGAUGAAGAGCGUAAACAGUCUCGUAAAAAGGUCAAAUCCAAUGAGAGUGCUUUCCAACAGGUAAAGAUACCACUGCUCCUCAGCCAAAAGCAAGGUGAAGUCACAAUAUUCAAGUCUGUUUCUGAUCUGGUCACUCAGCCGGUUCUCUUCAUUCCUGACAUCCAACAGCGAGUUCCUCAUGGAUUGUCUGCUUCAGGAGAGGAGCUGGAAGGUGAAAGAUCAGGGAUUAAGAGGCUGCCUUACCUGCCUGAGCAAGAGUUCACUUCCCCUAACAAGACCUUGAGGACAGACGAACCCAAAAAAGUUUUGCUGUACGUCAGGAAGGAAUGCGAAGAGGUGUUUGAUGCAGUUCUACUGAAAACACCUUCUCUGAAAGGCCUGAUGGAGGCUAUUUCAGAAAAAUAUGAAGUACCGCUUGGCAAAAUUGUAAAAGUCUACAAGAAAUGCAAGAAAGGUAUCCUGGUGAACAUGGAUGACAAUAUUGUGAAGCACUAUUCUAAUGAAGACACAUUCCAGCUCAACAUUGAAGAUGCCGCAGGAAAUUACAAGCUCACAUUUGCUGAGAUAUGAAAAGAACUGACAAUACAGUGUGCGCUAUGUUAUAGCACAUUUAUUGACCUGGCACACACAAUGUGAGUAAAUAUAAUAUGUACAAGACUCAUUGUAUAGGUUCACAUCUAUCUGAAAGUAAGUGUGUGAAACCCUAUCCCAGUCACAUCAUGCUAACAAAACUAUGGUAUUCUUAAAAAUGUUGAUUCCUUAUUUAAGGAAGGAAGUUAAAAUAUAUUUCGAAACA